AUGGUGGCCCAGAACGAGAGCUUUCUAGGAGAACCAGGCACUACCCCUCUCUUACGUAGCGAGGUGAAAACACGUCAUUCGAGUGGGGAGGUCACAACAGCUCGCGAUCGCGCAGCUGUGUUUUUAGCUGAGCAACGGGGUGUGGACAUGCAUACGCCAUCAGAUGGUGGGCGAUCGGUCACGUCAGAUACUUCAGCAGUCCCGGAGCCAGCAACUCUUUCGAAACCGGUAGGGCAUCCUGACUCUAAUGCAACUCAGCCAGAUUCUGGAACGGCAGGGGCAGCAACAGGUGGUGGGAAGGUCCCACAAACUGACGCUGAAAAGACGCAAUGGGCAAAAUCUCAGCAGGAUGAGGCCGUGCGGCAGCAGGCGCGUGAGGAAGCACGACGGGUAAUGGCAGAGGAAGCUCGCCGUUACUAA